CUCCUGGACCCCGAAAACGAACCCCACGCUCUGCUGGACCCCGAAAAUGAACCCCAAGCUCUCCUGGACCCCGAAAAUGAACCCCACCCUCUGCUGGGGUUGCUGGGGGACCCCGAAAAUGAACCCGAAGCUCUCCUGGACCCAGAAAAUGAACCCGAAGCUCUCCUGGACCCCGAAAAUGAACCCCACGCGUUUUGGUGGCUGCUGGACCCAGAAAACGAACCCCGAGCGCUCCUGGACCCCGAAAAUGAAGCGCUGGAGGAGGAGGAGCCCGAUGUGAGCCCCAAAGAGUCCGAGAAUCCCACAGAGAGCUCCGAAGAGUCCGAGGAGUCCGAUGAGGAGCCAGAGGAGUCCGAGGAUCCCAAAGAGAGCCCCGAAGAGUCAGAGGAUGCUGAAGAAAACCCCGAGGAGUCCGAAGACCCCAAAGAAAAUCCCGAGGAGUCCGAGGAU